AUGAUAAGAUUAUCAGAAUUAAAUUUUCCUAGCGUUUCCGGUUUUCUAAGAACUCGAACGGGACCAGAUCAUUCAAAUUUAUCAGGAGGAAAUUUAGCAGUUCAAGACAUAGGAGCGGCAUUAAAUUGGGUACAAAACAACGUGGGAGCAUUCGGAGGUGACCCGAAACGGGUGACACUCAUAGGACACGACACGGGUGCCGCGUUAGUUAAUCUUCUACUACUUAAUUCUUCCGCGAAAAAUCUUUUUCAUCGUGCCGUUUUGUUAAGCGGUAGCAUAUUGAGCCCUUGGGCGGUCGUGCAACAGCCUAACAACCUUCGGGAAACCGUUGCAAAACAAAUGGGAUGUUCGUACGAUGCGGAUGAAGAUAUAGCACCGUGUUUACGCACAAAAUCCCUUUCGGAUUUGUUAAAUGUUAAAUUCGAACCUCCUAGAUUUCUACCCCGUUUCGGACCGUCCAUUCCUCCCGACGGUAGCGUUGUAGACCCCGAAAACGCCAUGGAACAUGCCAGCGAGGCCUUCAUAACGCGCGAACUCAUGCUCGGUGCGGCAACGACAGAAAGUUAUCUAGAUUUUAAUGCUGCCGACAUACAAUACGGUUUCGAAGAAGAUCAAAGGAACAGAGUCCUGAGAACGUAUGUGAGAAAUGCGUAUAUUUAUCAUUUGAACGAAAUAUUUUCGACCGUUAGAAAUGAAUACACGGAUUGGGAUAAACCGAUAUUACAUCCCAUCAAUAUAAGAGAUUCGACACUGGAAGCGUUGAGUGAUGGACACACAGUGAGUCCACUCAUGAGAGUCGGUUAUUUACAUGCUAAAAGAGGUGCCAAAACUUAUUUUUUUCAUUUUGGGUAUCAAUCAAAGGAAACUGAAUAUCCUCAGAGAUUGGGAAGCGUUCGUGGAGAAUCGAUAACGUAUUUGUUAGGUUUGCCUUUAGUCGACGGUUUGCCUUUUUUCCCGCAAAAUUUUACUAAACAAGAUGUGAGCGUUUCCGAAGCCGUUAUUAAUUUUUUUUCAAAUUUUGCUAAAACCGGGAAUCCUAACGAGCCUAAAAACGAUAAUAAUAAUAACAAUUUCGAUUAUGGUAAUUUAAAAGAAAAAUCUAAAUAUCGAGGAAUCGUUUGGGAAUCGUACGAAGUACAAACACAACAAUAUUUAAGCAUAAGUAAGUAA